GGAAAUCGCUUUCAUUCAGUCACAGGCACCACUCAACCACAGUCGAAUCUACAGACGGAUCGGACUGCACCGCGACCACCUCGACUUCCCCAUCCAACGCCACCAUGAACAAGUACGGUAUGUUGGCCAUCUGCCUUCUGGCCGCUCUAGGCGCCCUGCUCCUAGAGGUUAGGGCCACUCCGGCGGCCACCGCUUCCUCCACUCAAAAGCUGGAUCCCAGCCAGCUGGGCGGACUGUCGGCCCAGUUUUUACCGCCCGAGUACCGCAACACGAGCCUGGAGGACAUUAAGCGGAUGUAUCGUGAAAAGUGCAAAAAGGUGAAUGGAGCGGACAACGCGACCUUUUAUGACGAGAUCGAGCGGGCGGCGAUCAAGAUGAAAACCUGCAUCAGUGGUGUGGCCAAUCUGACCGCUCUACAGGAGGAAAUGGAGGUGGCGAGACCGAAUGGCGACUUGGACACAGUGUUCCAUAAGUACUGCCUAAAGGCCCCGCAGGUGGAGCAGUGUGUCAAGGACUUCAACGAAAAGGCCCAGCAUUGUUUAACCGCUGAGGAGAAGCGUCACCAGGAGACGGUGCAACGAAUUGGAGCGGCUCUUCUGGGUUUCGCCUGCUCGCGUGGAGGCGAUCAGAUUGCGCUUUUCAUCGCAGAACAGGGACCAGAAUGCCUCGAGGCCAACAAGGAGGCCAUAAACAACUGCCUGAACCAAUCCUUCCAUCAGUAUAUCCCCAAGGAUGGCCAAGUUCCGGAUCUGAUGAGCAACCCUGAGAUCCUGUUCUCGCCCACCCACUGCGUGGAUUUGCAGCGCUUCGAGUCCUGUGUCAUCCACCAUUUGGAACAGUGUACCGAGAUCACACCCGCCAACAUUGUUCAGUCCGUUUUCCGCUUUGUGAAGAACGAGACCGACUGCCAAUCUUGGAUACAGGCCCGUGCCAACGAGAAGCCCGUCCUGCUGGCCGCCUCUACCAAUAAUACAGCCCCUGGGCUCACUUACUCCUUGGCCGGCCCUCUGCUGGGCGCCACAAUUCUCUUGAUGCGUCCCUGAAAAGCAAAACUCUUUUGAAUUCGGUUUUGCGAUAACGAACGCCUGUAUAUUAAUACUUUUUUUUUUUGUGAGUAGACUGGGUACUGGGUAUCAGUACCAUAUAAUUUAAUGUCUCCUAAGGAAUUGCUUAUAAUAAACGAGAUUGCGAUGAACGCAACACCCGAA